AUGAGGGCGGCACUGCGGAAGAUCCAGGCAGUUGACGACAGGAGGUUCCCGAUCCUUCGACAGCAGCUUCAAGCGCAAGUCAAAGAACGUUUUGGAAAUGUUCUCCUAGAAACACCAUAUGUUGUGUCAGCUCUUCUCCACCCAAAUAUCAAGACACGGCUGUUCGACAGAAAGACACUCACCCCCAGCAUGCCACAACUGUGCUCGAGCGAGCUCGCAAAGCAACUCCUGUCUGCGGCAGUUGAGAAGUUCAAUGCUGAGGACUGCGAGAACGACCAAAAUUCAGCAUCAGAAGAAAUGGAGGCACCGUCGGCAAAUAGCAUCUUUGCUUUCUUGGAUGAAGUUGCACGACCCAUGAGCAGUUGUCAAACAGAGGUAGAGCAGUAUCUUCAAGCGCCCCCACAAAAUGCGGACCCUCUCCAGUUCUGGAAGAAAAACAGUCCCCGCUUCCCAGCACUCUCAAAGACCGCAAAAUGCUUCUUGGGAUUGCCCGCGUCGUCAGGCGAUGUUGAGAGGCUCUUUUGUAUCGCAGGGUCCCUCAAGAGAGCGCGGAGGGCGAGCCUGUCAAUUGCUAAGGUUGCAGAAAUGCUCUUAUAUUGGGAGCAUAGGAUCCCCAGUAUCUCAAGAAAUUUGGGGCAGAAGUGA